UGCCCCAACCUGGACAUUCCAGAAGAGGACAGGGAGGAUCUGAGAUGGCCUUCUUCAACUUGUAUCUAUUGGGAUAUCAAAAUUCCUUUCGGAGCAAGAAAAGGAAUGCAACUGAAGAAACAAACCAGAAGGAAUCAGAGCCUACUAGGCUUCCCCCCAUUAUCUCAAAAGAUGGGAAUUAUUCCGUGCACCAGAAUAGCCACACAAGAUACCACGAAGCUGUCCGGAAGGUGUUGUUGAAGACAUUUCCCAAUCAGGUCUUCAGAAUCCCCUUGACUGAUGCUCAGAACUUCAGCUUCUGGCAGUCCCAUGAUCCAGGAGUGCGUCCAGAGGAAACCAUGCCAUGGAUCCGGAGCCCACGCCACUGUCUCAUAAAAAGCGCGAUGACCAGGUUCAUGGAUCACUCUAUUCUCAAUGACAGAAUCUUCAGUCUGUAUUAAGAAGAUAUGGCUGCAGAAAGACAAGAGGAAUUGUGGCAAGAGUGCAAAGGGGGGGAAAGAAGGAGGUUUCCCAGUUCCGAUGGCUAACUAAUGGGAGGAGGAUAUGGAGAAAGCAGAGUAAACAGAUUGGACUAAAA